AUGACCUCCCCUCGCCCCGUAGAGCCUCUUGAAAGCCUCGACAGGGACAACAUAGAGCUUUACGAUCCCUAUGAUCCCUACGAUCCCUCAGAUCGCCAAUCCUCUCAUAUUGAUCUCGAUGACGAGCCGAAACUAGGUGAUCAUUCAGAAUCUACACUCCACCGUCUCAACCUUGGUGUAGUCUUGCCCGCUCUCAUCGUGAUUCUUCUUACUGGCGGCAUCGCUUCUGUAUUCCUUGUCUGGGUCCUCACGCAUAGGACGUCAACAGAUUCAUGGCACCAAAGGACUUUUUUGUUAGACGAGGGAGAGAGGACAGACGGCGGGCUACGCUCAGGGCGCUUGAUGGGUUUGACCAUAUCAUCCGCUGCUUCAACAGUGCUCUCCAUCACGACGCCUAUGUUGAUGACGUUCUAUGCCUUCCGCAUUGCUCAUGUCUGGCUGGAUCAGGUCCGCCGAGAUGAGAGCGAUCGAAAUGGGAAUUUGCCGACCCCGCUACAAUACGGGCUCACUGUAGAGCUAUUAAAUGCGUCGGGUGUGUUGUCGCUCAUCAGAUCUACCAAGUAUCUAUGUCGGAAGUCAACCGGUCGUGCCAAAUCGGCGUCUAUGCUGCUGGAGGCCUUCGUUGUCGCUCUAUUUAUUUUCGUUCUAUCUCAUGCUAUCAAUGGCAUCGACCUUUGGCUGCACUCUGUCACUUCCACUGUUCUUGUCCCAUCAGAAACACAGUCUGACAUUCUAGGAGAUUACAGCGUGGUACAGUCACGGUGUCCGCCCGUUCCUGACCCCCCCAUCUACAACUGCAUGUACUCGGCGGGAUACUGGGGAACCGGAUCUGUCGACGAUUUAUCCCCUGGAAUGCUUGUAGCAUCGAAUAGCUCGGACUCUCUGCGUGCAAUUACGCUGGCUAACGCGUCCGACCUCGCAGUGCUUGUCACUACUCCUGUCCCGCAGUUGCUCUCCUUUGACAUGACCACGUUCGGCGCAAGGGCAUCAUGCCAAUCGGUGACCCCCUCGUGCACUACCGUCGGGAACGUGACGUGUCCUGGCUUCCCAAAAUCAUUCGUGGUGGUUAACUACGGGUCGGGUGGCACUACCAACAUCGACCCUGGGGAAGGCCGGGUGUAUAUUCAGACAUCCAACUGCGACAAUUGUUCUCACAUCAUCUCGUCUGAUGCUCUCGAUGGAUCCUCAGAUAUAUAUAACGCUAACUCCAAGAACAUGUAUUCUAUAUGGCUUCAGUUCAUAUGGCAAUCAAGCGGGGACACUCCAAUGGGAUCCCCCAAAAUAUCAGACGCGGUCUUCGCGUCGAGCGACAGCAACCUAGCGAACAUGCUCGCUAACUGCACACUUUCAUUCUAUAAUGUCACCCUUUCGUACCGAAACGGCACCUACACAUCCACCGACGAAGUACUCUCAAACACCGGUCUCUCGGAAGGGCUUGCAGGGCCAACACGCCUAGGCCACUACGCAACGCGCCUGAUCGCAAACAUCGAGGGCCGCGCCUUCAGCGAUAACAGCAGCGACUCCGUCAUGGCGUUCUUGUCUCAGGAUCUUGCCCGUCUGGCCAUUGGCUCGGCCGCUGUCAUUACGAACGAGACACAGCCGGCACUCAGACAAAGCGUGCUGCGCGAACAGGUCCUCGGACGCUAUCCAUUUUGGCCAGUCGUGCUGUUCCUCGCAUUGCUGUAUAUGUACGCGGCAAUUGCAUUAUUUCUCAUUCUUGGCACUUCUCUCGUCUCGCGAGGGUCACGGGUACAAGCAAAUAGCUACGGUAUAAAGGGGAAGUCGAUAUCCGAGCUUGAGCUUGUCCAACUUCGCCUUACCAGUCCCCUCGUGAUGGCCGCAGCCUUAUUUCCCCCUUCAAAACCCGCAGCUGAACGGGUGGAGCUAUCUCUACAAACAACAGCCCUCGAUUUGUUCGACGAAGGACACGGUGAACAACGCUUACGCGUCGGAUCACGCGGAGGUGACGAUGAUGAUCGAGCGUUGUACGGUGUUUGGAGAUCUGCCUUGCACGAGAAGGAAUAUGACAAUCUAGGCAUUUGA